CCCAUAGCGGGACUGAAUGCGGAGAACAUGGCAACCGCUCCACAUGCCCUAACCCCGCUGUAGGCCCACACACACACACACACACACACACACACACAUUCACACUCACUUACACACACACCGACGGCUGGCAGCUUUCAUUCGUAUGUUCGGACUGGUGUGUGCCACUUUAUUAUUCGCUCGGGGAGCCGCGGGGAAUGCUGCAUGUGAGAAGCGGAGCGAGUGAGCCGCGCGUUGGUGAGGCACCGCCGGGAGAGGGAGCACGCCUGCAGCCGGGGGGCAGCGUUCCGAGGCCGGUCAGCCAGGCUGGGAUCCACCGCGGGGGCCGGAGCUAGCUUUCUAGCUAUUUUCCUCCUUCUUCUUCUUCAUCAUCAUCAUCCUCCUCUUUUUUUCUUCCUCCCUGGCAUGCAUCAUCAUCAUCAUCAUCAUCACCCUCCUCAUCACCAGGAGAGGAUGUAAAGCUCAUCCUUGUUGCUUCCUCUUCCACGCACAACAAAACCUACAGCACAUUUCUCCCCCGUUUUAAUGGGACUUUUAGUAUUAUUUUAAUUAUUUAUUAUUAUAUUUUUUUCUUUUUUUGCAUUUGGGCAAUGCCACCCCUACGCGUUUUGUGCGGCGAACUACACGGACAGAGCGUGAUCGCAGGUGUAAACGUGUAAAUGUAAAAUGCACGGCCUUUAAAUCGCCCUGUUUUAUGUGAAACGGGAAAAUAGCAGGAUAAAGGAGGGCUGGGAGGAGCGAGGAGCUCUUGUCGACUUUUUUGCCCCUUUUUUGCGCCUUCCCAAAGGCAAAUAUCGGAGUGGAUUUUUAAUGGAGCUGGAGAAUAUCGUUGCAAACACGGUACUCCUGAAAGCUAGAGAGGGCGGAGGAGGAAAGCGGAAGGGGAGGAGUAAGAAAUGGAGGGAGAUCCUGCGCUUCCCCCACAUCAGCCAGUGUAUAGAGCUGAGCAAAACUAUCGAUAGGGAUUACUCGAGCCUGUGUGAGAAGCAGCCCAUCGGGAGACUGCUGUUCCGCCUCUACUGUGAGACCAGACCAGAGCUGCUAAGAUGCAUUCAUCUGCUGGAUGCCAUGGAAGACUACGAGGUGACGCCGGAUGAAAAGAGGAAGAGCCGCGGUGAUCAGAUCAUUAAAAAGUUCCUCACCAAACAGUCUCCGGAGUGUGUUGACGUGGUAGAGGGUCUUGCCGAGCACUGCAGAGAAAAUCUUGAACUGAGCCCUUGCAAAGAGAUAUUCAGCGACUGCCGCAAAGCUCUACAUGACUACUUAAGCGGUGCUCCCUUCUCCGACUACCAGAACAGCAUGUACUUCGACCGCUUCCUACAGUGGAAGAUGCUGGAAAGGCAGUCAGUCACGAAAGACACGUUUCGGCAGUAUCGGGUCCUGGGAAAGGGAGGCUUUGGAGAGGUGUGUGCGUGUCAGGUGCGGGCUACAGGUAAGAUGUAUGCCUGCAAGAAGCUGGAGAAGAAGAGGAUAAAGAAGAGGAAGGGCGAGUCCAUGGCUCUGAAUGAGAAGCAGAUUCUGGAGAAAGUCAAUAGCAGAUUCGUAGUCAGCUUAGCGUACGCGUACGAAACCAAAGACGCUCUGUGUCUGGUGCUGACCAUCAUGAACGGCGGAGACCUGAAGUUCCACAUCUACAACAUGGGCACGCCAGGCUUUGAGAAGGAGCGUGUCCAGUUUUAUGCUGCUGAAAUCUGCUGCGGCCUCGAGCACCUGCACCGAGAGUCCAUCGUCUACAGGGAUUUAAAACCAGAGAACAUUCUCUUAGAUGAUAACGGCCAUAUCCGGAUCUCAGACCUGGGGCUGGCCAUCAAAGUGCCUGAGGGAGAGAUGAUUCGCGGCCGAGUGGGCACUGUGGGUUAUAUGGCUCCCGAGGUGAUCAAUAACGAGCGCUACAGUAUGAGUCCUGAUUGGUGGGGUUUGGGCUGUUUGAUCUAUGAGAUGACCGCUGGACGCUCGCCCUUUCGCGCCCGCAAAGAGCGAGUGAAGAGGGAGGAGGUGGAGAAACGAGUGCAGGAGGAGGAGGAGGAGUACAGCGACAAGUUUACAGAAGACACCAAAGCCAUCUGCAGGAUGCUCUUAGCCAAAGACCCCAAGCAGAGGCUAGGCUGCCAGGCUGAAGGAGGUGCAGAGGUCAAAGCCCAUCCCUUCUUCAAAAACAUCAACUUCAAGAGACUAGAGGCCGGCAUUCUGGAACCUUCCUUCGUGCCUGAUCCCAGGGCAGUCUACUGUAAAGACGUUCUGGACAUUGAACAGUUUUCCACUGUUAAGGGCGUUAACCUGGACCAAACAGACAAUGACUUCUACUCCAAGUUUGCCACUGGCAGCGUCUCCAUCCCAUGGCAGAAUGAGAUGAUAGAGACAGAAUGCUUUAGUGACCUUAACGUGUUUGGGCCUCAGGGGUCGCGACCCCCUGACCUGGACUGGACGCAGCCGCCGGAGCCACCGCGGCGCAGCCUGCUGGACAGGAUCUUUAGGAGACAUCAUCCAGAGGCGGCCAUCGCUCACAGCCGAGUCUCGUCUUCCAGCGUCAACUCUGUUGACUCAGUGUCAAACUCUGCCCCCUAGUGGACAGAUGCCUGCGGGACUACAGGGAACAAGAUAGAACGAGUGAUAUAAAGAGAAAGAGUGGAAAAAAAUUAACAGAGAGAAACUCCUCCUGUCCUGCACAGGCUGGUCUUUACAGCAUGGAAGAGGAUUUGUUUUUAUGUCCUGGUCUAGGCCGCCAACACUAACCAUUCGCGGCACGCUGGAGGGCAGGAGACGAAACAACUCUGCUUUUGAGACGAAAGAGACCUCUUUUUCUUUUUCCUGUAAUUUUUUUUUUUUUACGAAAGGCGAACUUUUACCCCUCACCUCAUGCUCCCUCAGGAUUGCUGGACCAGAAAAUAAAAAGAGCCACUGACAAUGACGGAAUAUUAAACUCUUAUUAUUCAGGGGAUUUUACUGAAAAAAGAGAGGCCUCCACAGGGAAUGGGAAGGGGGCUUUUUUCCCAGCCCUUCCGUUUGGGAGGGAAAAAGUGUUAACAUGAACUGAAGACACUCUACACACUCACUAACACAGGCACUCACUCUCUCCCUUCUCCUCCUCCUCCUCUUCUUCCUCCUCUUCCUCUUUCUUCUUCAUCCCUCUCUUUAAACCCUGUCUAUACCUUCUCUCCCACUGCAGUUCCAACUCAACAACACAAAACACCUCCAACCUCAAACCCAAAAUGUGCAUUGCCUUGCAUACACUCAGGCCAAAGAUCAGAUAUGUAUUUGAGUAUUCGGUUGCCAUAUUUUGUUCUGGAGAGUGAGGUUAGGCCUAAAAAAAAAAAGGAAGGAAAAAUAAAAACAAGCACAAGGAUGACCAGAGCUUGGGGUAGUCGCUGUCUUUCAGUCAUCCAUAAAGGGAUACUUGAUCUAGGAAAUCCAAGGUGGCUAGCUGUGCUAAUAUUUCUAGUUUUUAGUGAAAGAUGCAUACUUGAUCCUGAAAAGCUGAGGCGGCUAACGGCACUAAUCAUUCGCUAGUUAUUAGUAAAAUCUGAAUACUUGAUCCUGAGAAGCUAAAGUGGCUAACAGCACCAAUGUUUCUGCAAUCAGUGAAGGCUGGAUAUUUGAUCCAGAAGCUAUAAGGUGGCUAACAGCGCUAUUUUCUCUAGUAUUAUAGUAAUCCAGAAGAACUACAGUGGAUAACAUUGCCAGUGUUGCUAGUUAUUAUGAGUGAAAUCUGAGUACUUGAUUCAGAGAAGCUAAGCUGGAUAACAGCACCAAUGUUUAUUACAAUCAGUGAAAGAUGGAUGCUUGAUCCAGAAAGGCUAAAUAGGACACCAUUGGUGCAAAUUAAGAUAAUGCUAGUUUCCAGUGAAAUCUGAAUACUUGAUUCAGCUAAGCAGCUAUGGUGGCUAACAGCUCCAGUGUUUUUAGGAAUCGGUAAAAAUUGGAUGUGUCCCAGUACAGCUCUAAUAUAUCUACCUAGUUAUCAGUGAAGUGUGGAUACAUAACAUUGCCUGUUUUGCUAAUAAUGAGUGGAAGCUGGAUGCUUGAUUGUGAGCAGCUCAUGUGGUUAUUAAAGCUGGAUUCUUCGUUCAGGAAGGAAGAAGGUAAGAGCAUUGCCAGUGUUUGCUAGUAAGUAAUGAGUGAAAUCUGAAAGGGAUGCUUGAUUGAGAAGAGGUGUUGUCCAAUCUUUAGCAGACAAGGUCAUCCACAUCUUAAUGACAGAAGUGAAGAUAUGGGAUAUAGCAUAGGCUUUCCACUGGAAGUGUUACAUGUUACAGCAGGACAUUUCAACAUCACUUCCUAUGUACAGUACAAGGGCAUUGAAAAUGAGUGAGGGGCCAUAAGCGGAGACAGAACAGUGGGAGGUGUGGUCUUAUCAGCAGUGGGUGGGCCCUAAACCAGCAGCUACGCACCAACACAGCACAAUAAAAAUCAAUCAGGGAUCUAACUCCACUGUACUCAUCUCAUCAGUUCUGUUACCCCAACCAGUGCGUGGGGGGGCACCACUCUUUAAAAUAAUUUACAAAUUCAGUAUACAGGAGCCGUGCUGUGCAUCACCUGUGGACAAUCCUCACUACUCUUUACAACUCAUAAUAUUCUCUCUGUGCUGCCUGGGUAGUUGCUAACAGAGGGACCUGAAUGGUCAGUACAUGUGCCACAAUCUGCAGCAGGCUAAAACAUAGGACUGUAUUAGAGCAGAACUGACCAAUCAUUAUUUUUUCAUUUUUUCUUAAUUCUUAAUUACCAAUAAGUGAAGAAAUCAGUCAGUUUGAGUGUCAUAAGAGGCGGUAUUACACUGCUCGAUACUGACUGGUUAAUGUGUGUUCAUCUUAAUUAAAUUCAUCCAUCACCAUUCAAAUACACAGCAACAUCAUGACCGCCUCAUCACCCCAUCUCCACCCAUAAAACAGUUGCCAAAUGUAAAGUUAAAGGAGUACCCUAGUGUUUUUCAACCUAAGCUUAAUUUACUGCAUCUGUGUUGUACUGUCCGCUGCCACAGAAAAUAUUUUAGUAUAAAGACAAAUAGACAAAACUAAAAAAGAACAGAUUUUCCAAUACUUUUCAAUAGUCUAUAUAGAGUGUAGCAGAUAAGGUUGACAACUCUUAGUCUAAAAAAAAAAUGAAAACGAAUUCAUAAUAGAAUUAAUUACAUAACAAAUGCAGUGUUUAUGGAUAACAAUUUGCUGCUCUAUUCUGAAUAAAAUUAGGUGUUUAUAGCAGUUUAAUGUACACAACAGAUGCUGUGAAUAGAGUUUGGGUUGACACUUUCCUUCCAGUAUUGGAUGUUUCUGAACUCCAAAUGCCACAGUCUUGCUUGAAUCGAGUCCUUUUUCAGAGUGUUUACAUUCAGCAGCGCAGUAAACCAGGUUCACCGUAACCAGCAUACCUCAGAACCUGCUCAUUCCUCCAUUUCUCCAUACUGAUGUCAUUACACAGCAUUAACACUGAAGAAAGAUUCCACAAAGCUCAUCGAAUUAGUGUAACUCCAGCGGUGGCUGGUAAGUGUGCUCUUUUAGGUGUAUUGUAAUAUCGAGGAUUUAGACUGAACCUCAGCUGUACAGGCCUUAAAGAGUAACUGGAAAAUUUGAGGAACCCACAAUUUAGAUGCUUGUUGUCACAUAGCUAUGUAAAAUAGAGGGGGAAAGAAGAAAUAGAAAUGUUAAACUACCCUUUAAAGACUGGGUAAAUUGUUCAAUGUUACUGAAAAGAUUACUGGUGUUAGCUUUGUGGCAUUAGCCAGGGUGGUAAAUAGCAUCUGCUCACAGUGUCUCAAGCUAGCUAACUGAUCAUGUUUUGAGAUUAAAAGCCUGCAUUUUGCCUUCAUACACCAAAAAAACAAACAAAAAAAAUCCAUUUGUGCAUCUUUUUAGACAAAUCAGGCUUUUGAGGGGGGUUAUUAUUGAGGAGGGUGUUUUUAAGUGCCAUAUUUAUUCUUGAUUAGCAAGCUAAUCGGUUGUGCCAUUAACUCAGACAUUUGUAAUCUAUAUUAACUUUAAAUCUAUAUUAAGACAUGAUCAUCCCCUACAAGGAUAUAUAUGUAGUAUUUGUCAUGGAAAUUUUUUUAGGGUCCAGAUUUUGGCCUUUGUUGGUGAAGAGAUUAACACACAAUUAGCCCAUGCUAACUGGCUAGGUGUUUGGGAGUUGUACGCUCAUGACUGGUCCAAUUAUGUUAUUGUAUUCUGAAAAUAUGAAAAUACAGCUUAGUUAAGGUUUUUCAAACACUGGACAGACUCCGAGAUGACGGGACCUGAGUGGAGUGUGAGAGAGUGGCUGCUGUGUGUGUACAGAAUUGUCACGUAGCUGUUAGCAGUGGUGAGAGUCUGUGUUGUGCCACAAAAUGGGGUUAUAAUGUGUGAUGGUAGAAUUUAAAGUGAUUUAUUAUUUUUAUUUUUAACAUAAGGAAUUGUUAGUCCUUAUUUUAAUAACGUUCUUCCCCAAGUUGCGGUGUGUAUUUAGACCCUUUAGCAUGUGUCACCAUUCUGUAUUCAGACAUAUUAGCAACUCUAAGCAGUUAAAGCUCUUUUUUUUUUCCUCUGUACCCUGUGGUAAACAUACGUUCCAAAAGCUAGAAUUUGUAAUCCUAUAAAACGUGUCUCUAAAUCCUUUAAUUUAUGGAUUCAUAAGGUAGGCAAAUCAGUAUACAUAUACACUAUUGUACAUGUAUGCUGUUUAUUUUUACUCCAUAGAAAAAAGUGGCCUAAGCUUGGAGUUCCUAAUAUGGGCGUGACGCACGUCUUCAGAGGCCUAUUUGGAAGUUCCAGGGGAUUUCACAAUGUUACAGGGAUCUUUCCCUCACCAUUACUGCCUUGUGUUGUGUAGGCCUAUUAGAUUCGAGAAAGACUUUGACAUUUGUAGAUCCAAUACCAUCAAAUUGUGAUGCAUCAACCAACUAGGCUGCCGUGUUUGGUGUUGCUGUUUUCGUAGAGGCUGCAGCAGCUGUUUCCAGAGCGUUUAGGACAGAGCAUUGAUGACUUUAUUGAUCAUUAACUCUCUCCAUAUCACGGCGAGGGCCUAGCGACGACACUUGAUAUCGAAACUUCUUUGCUGUUUGUUUUUGUAUUCUCAAUACAAAUAAAAAUGACCCCCCAUUCCCCCUCCCCAACCCCAAUGUCCUUAUUAGGAGCAUGAAUAUUUGGAGCAAUUUCAGUGCAUUAAGUGUGUAGACUCUAUGUAUAAACGAUGUAUGUUCUCCAUGACGCGAUAUGACAACUGACUUUGUGGUGACAUAGCUGUUAUGCUGCAUUAAAGGGACAUUGCCUUUUCAACAACGACCAAACUUAAAGGGAAUGGGUGACUGCGGUAAUCUCGCUGUGAGAGCGGAUUGGUUUCCCACCCGGAAGACGAGCCUCCAAUUGGAUCCACAGAAUUUCUUUCUUUUCUUUUUCUUUUUUUUAUUGUCAUUACAAGAGUUUUAGCUACAUUCUGAAAAAUCCAAUGAAGUGCCUCCUUUUUAGCGGUGUAGUCCAGGUAGGGCCCAUGUUAAGGUUUGCACUUUGUGUGUCACUUCUCUGUCAUCGUCUGUGUCCGUGACACACAAACACUCACGCGCACACAUACACACAUACGCACACAUGAUUUUAAGAGAGAGGUGUUGUACUACGCUGAUUGCAUGUGAAGCCAAACCUGUCAAAGUCCUUCUGAAUAAAACCUGUGCUGGCCUGAA